AUGGCCCAAGGUGCACAAUCACAAGCCGAUGCUGUUGCAACGACCCGACAGCCCAGCCUUUCUGGAUCACAGCAGAUGAGCGGUUCUAGUGGUGUAAUCGGUUUGCCUAGCGUAAUCGAUCCAUCUCUCUUCGAUGAUUGCUUUGAUCUAAGUCAGUUCACUGCUAACGAUUCCUUUAUGAAUGAUACCCUUAAUCUCGAUAAUCUUGACUGGGCUGCAACAAAUGACCCUGACAUAGCUGCCAAUGGCUCCGAUGCUAAGCAGUCUCAAUACACUGACCUCUUGCAGAAUAUUCAAUAUGAAAUUGGCUUAGGGAUAUCAAAUGCUCCGCCCGAGCAGUAUAACAAUCUGCAAUAUACGACUGAGGCUGAAUAUGACCUUGGGGAUGUACUAAACUCGCUUGAACCAGUCUCUACAGAACCAUAUGGUAAUGUACCUCUAGGGUCAAACGCCUGGGACCCAACUUCAUGGACGAUACCAGAAUAUGACGGUGCCACCCCAGGACUCUCAGCACUUCCCAGCGGCACUCAAUAUAUGCCGGAUAUGUCACAAUAUCCAAUGCUUAGCCAAGUACGACAGAUGUAUCCUGAUCCGUCUGUUCCACUAUAUCCGACUCAGCCUUAUCUCCAGUUCCCACAGCAACAAUAUUCACGACAAUACCCUGAAUACCCUCCAAUACCAAUCGAGCACUAUAAGGUAGCAAAGCAAAUGGAGGCACAGCCAGUAAAAAAGCGGAAACGAUCGGCAUAUAGCACGGACUCGGAGGAUGACACACAUACUCUCAGACGGCCACGAGAAGAUGAACUUGUAAAAGUCAUUUCGUCACCAGAUGUUUCCCGCAAACAAUCCAUGGUUUCCGAGGACGGCUCUCUAAGCCAACCCGUCAGCAGGGGCGUCCUGAAAGCUGGCGAAAAGCCAAAGAAAUGCGAGGAUAAACCUUGGGUCCGUAUCAAUCACACUACCAAAGGCGAAACGACUCGCACAGCUCGCAUUAAUCAGCACGCAGAGGAGGGUCAUAAAUACAAGUCCAAAAGACUUCCUUAUGGGGAUUGGGAUUCGACACAUUACGCGUUUGAGUACAGCAAGAACAAUGGUAUGCACGAGUUUAAGAAGCGCACCAUGUCUGCCCGUCAAAUCCACGAGUACAUUACACAGUAUCCUGGCGAUAACCUCCGUAUCUGGAUCCAGCCUGUAGCUUCUGAUUCAGCGCGUCGAUAUGCAUCUGCAUCUCAUAGCCAUUGCCGAUUCGAGAAGUGCCCAAUGCGAAAGUACACUGGCAAGGGCACAGCAGAAGUAGGCAACUACCGAGUUGCUUUUGACGAGAAGCACAAGACAUAUGGCCCGGGUGUAGUUGACCCAUACGAUUGUGUUGGAUACGUCCAUCUGUACUGCAUGGAGCGCUUUCUAGACUUUUCAUACAUUUGCCAGAUUGCAGACGUUAGAGUGGACCAGCGCGUGAGCAUGGAGAAAGAACCCAAAGGGCAUUUUGCCUCUGCGUUUGGCCCCAAGCACCACCACGAAGCAGCUGUGGCGAAGAAAUUCAUCAACGCUGCCAGGAGAGGCCGGCUUGCCGAGACACCUGAGUUUGCAAACUACCCUGUUCAUGAAGAAUAUGCCCGGGGUGCGCCCAAGCCACAUGAACGCACGCUCGUCUACGCUCUAUACGACAUGAACAUUAAACACCGUGCAAAGUCGCAGAUGAAGCAGUUUAUCCUCCAACGCACAAUCCGGCCUGGCUCCUUCACUGUACACCGCGGUGACAUGGAGGUGAAGCUUGUAGACAAGAAGAUCGAGCGGCUCCCUGCUUUCAAGGACUUCCUAAAAGACGGAUCGAAAAAGGACUUUGACUACUCGGCUUACUACGAUAAAUUCCAUCCGGAGAUUAAGGAGCGAAUCAGGGAAUGCAUGGUACUCCGGGAGCAAUUGAUCGCUGAAGGCGGAGAGGAAAGUAGUACUAAACGCACUCGACGGCCCCGGCGCGACUCACUCGAAGAUUCAGACGACGAAAUCGUAAUCCCCUCAAGGAAGCCUAAGAAGCGUAGUAGAGUCGAUGAUUCAGAUUCUUCCGACUCCUCACGUCCAUCCCACAAGUCUCGCUCUAAAAAGCCAACAAUCACCUUCGACGUUUCCUCCCCUUCCUCACCCCCUCAAGACCUGCCACCCUCAUCCCGCUCAAGCUCUCUCCGCCGAAAGCCUCGCAUCAACUACUCGGAACCCCACGACACCAUCCCCUCCCCUCGCACCAGCACCACCAGCAACACCACCCCAGCAUCCGCUCUCUCCCCCUCCGCCCCUCUCCCCGCCAACGACGCCCGCAAAGAAAGCUGCAGCACCCUCUUCCCCACCGACGACGCUUCGUGGGCAAACUUCGAUCUCGCCCCACUCGACGGCACUGAAACUUUCCUGACACAAGCACAGAUUGAUGCGCUGCUUAAUGCGGCGUACCGUCGCAAGUCGAGUACGCUGAGUGUGGGACCAAUUGGGCCUGCUUCUCCUUUGCUUAAGUCGCCGGUGGCUACAUUGCCGCUGCCGGUUACGCUGCCGUCGGUUACUACGCUGCCCCUCCUUAAGUCGUCGUUGGGAGCUCGGACUGGUGCAACGCUGCGCAGGGCGAGUUUUAAUGCAAAGCCCGUGUCCGGGUGUAGGGAGUUUAGGGUGGAGGAUCCACCGGUUUGUGUGGCGGAGGGGAGGGAGUUGAGGAGGAGUAGGAGGGGGAAGGGGGAGAGGAGUUGA